CGUGGUGCACACGUGAUCCAAUUCAGUGGCGUUCAAUGCCUGCUUGGUGCAGUCCCAGAACUGUGCUAUGGACUCAGAAGAUGACCCCCUGCUGCAGGACGUGUGGCUAGAGGAGGAGCAGGAGGAGGAGGAAGCCACGGAGGAGCCCUAUCGGGGGACCCAGAGGUCGGGGCCCCGGCCCAGGACAGGCGGGCAGUGUUGCUGGCGGCGCUGGACCCUUCCACCCAGGCCCCCAUCCUCCGGUUUCUGGAGCACCCUGGGCUGGGCCUUCACCAACCCGUGCUGCGCGGGGUUAGUGCUCUUCCUGGGCUGCAGCAUCCCCAUGGCCCUGUCGGCCUUUAUGUUCCUCUACUACCCACCGCUGGACAUUGAUAUUUCUUACAACGCCUUCGAGAUCCGCAACCACGAGGCCUCGCAGCGCUUUGACGCUCUGGCUUUAGCGCUUAAGUCCCAGUUUGGAUCCUGGGGUCGCAACAGGCGGGAUUUGGCAGAUUUCACCUCUGAGACGCUUCAGCGCCUCAUUUCAGAACAACUGCAGCAGCUCCAUCUCGGAAACCGAUCGCGCCAGGCCUCCAGAGCCCCUCGCGGUGUCCCCUCUGCCACCUGGGACACCUCUGCUAGCCAAAAACCAACAGCCAACCGGAGUGGGCGUCUUCGGCGUGAGGCCCCGCCCCCGAAGGAUUUAGCAGCCAACCAGAGUGACGCUUCACAGGAUCCGCCUAUGGCCCACGAUGGGCGGCACCAGCCUAGCACUCCGCCCCCCUCAGCUGCAGCAGCCAAUCAGAGCCGUGCCCGCCGGGGCGCCUCACGCUGGGACUAUUCCAGGGCGUAUGUGAGCGCCAACACCCAGACGCACGCACACUGGCGCAUUGAGCUCAUCUUCCUUGCACGCGGCGACGCGGAGCGUAAUAUUUUCACCAGUGAGAGGCUGGUCACGAUCCACGAGAUAGAGCGCAAGAUCAUGGACCACCCAGGCUUCCGGGAAUUCUGCUGGAAGCCCCACGAAGUGCUCAAGGACCUGCCACUUGGCUCCUACUCCUACUGCUCCCCACCCAGCUCGCUCAUGACCUACUUCUUCCCCACAGAGAGGGGCGGCAAGAUCUACUAUGAUGGCAUGGGCCAAGACCUGGCCGACAUCCGGGGCUCCCUAGAGCUGGCCAUGACACACCCUGAGUUCUACUGGUACGUGGACGAGGGCCUCUCCGCUGACAACCUGAAGAGCUCCCUCCUGCGCAGCGAGAUCCUGUUUGGAGCCCCUCUGCCCAACUACUACUCGGUGGAUGACCGCUGGGAAGAGCAACGGGCUAAGUUUCAGAGCUUUGUGGUCACCUACGUGGCAAUGCUGGCCAAGCAGUCCACUAGCAAAGUUCAGGUCCUCUAUGGCGGGACAGACCUCUUCGACUAUGAGGUGCGUAGGACCUUCAACAAUGACAUGCUCUUGGCCGUCAUCAGCAGCAGCUGUAUCGCCGCCCUUGUCUACAUCCUCACCUCCUGCUCAGUGUUCCUGUCCUUCUUCGGGAUUGCCAGUAUCGGCCUCAGUUGCCUGGUGGCACUCUUCCUGUACCACGUGGUCUUUGGCAUCCAGUACUUGGGCAUCCUCAAUGGGGUGGCUGCCUUCGUGAUAGUGGGCAUCGGCGUGGACGAUGUCUUCGUGUUCAUCAACACGUACCGCCAGGCCACACACCUGGAGGACCCGCAGCUGCGCAUGAUCCAUACCAUCCGGACGGCAGGCCGGGCCACGUUCUUCACCUCCCUGACCACAGCCGCCGCCUACGCCGCCAACGUCUUCUCCCAGAUCCCAGCUGUGCACGACUUUGGCCUCUUCAUGUCACUCAUCGUGUCCUGCUGCUGGCUGGCCGUGCUCUUCACCAUGCCCGCUGCGCUGGGCCUCUGGAGCCUGUACUUGGCGCCGCUGGAGGGCUCCUGCCGGGCCAGCUGCCACCAGAAGUGCGGCCGUAAGAGCUCCUUGCACUUCCCUGGGGACGUGUUUGCCACUACCGAGCGAGCUGGGGACAGCCCUGCCCAGGGUCCCAUACCCUACCUGGACGACGACAUCCCCCUGCUGAACGUGGAUGAGGAGCCAGUGUCGCUGGAGCUGGGAGAUGUGUCCCUGGUGUCUGUGCCCACCACAGGCCUGCAGCCAGCCCCUGACACAGGUAGCCGGGGCCAGCUUCUGGGGCAGCUGCAGGAACUGCUGCACCACUGGGUCCUGUGGUCAGCGGUCAAGAGUCGCUGGGUCAUCGUGGGGCUCUUUGUGUCCACCCUCAUCCUGUCCCUGGUGUUCGCCAGCCGGCUCCGCCCUGCCAGCCGGGCACCACUGCUCUUCCGGCCCGAUACUAACAUCCAAGUGCUGCUGGACCUCAAGUACAACCUGAGCGCCGAGGGCAUCUCCUGCAUCACUUGUUCAGGUCUGUUCCAGGAGAAACCUCACAAUCUGCAGAGCAACAUCCGGACAUCACUGGAGAAGAAAAAGCGAGGCUCUGGGACUCCCUGGGCCAGCCGGCCCGAAGCCACCCUGCAGGAUUCAGUGGGUACUGUGUACAUCUCCAAGGUGAAGAGUAAAGGCCACCCUGCUGUCUACAGGCUGUCCCUCAAUGCCAGCAUGCCCGCCCCAUGGCAGGCCGUGUCCCCUGGGGAUGGAGAGGUGCCUUCCUUCCAGGUGUAUAGAGCGCCUUUUGGUGACUUCACCAAGAAGCUGACCGCUUGUAUGUCUACAGUAGGGCUGCUCCAGGCCGCGAGCCCCUCCCGCAAGUGGGUGGUGACGACCUUGGCCUGUGACGCCAAGCGGGGCUGGAAGUUUGACUUCAGCUUUUACGUGGCCGCCAAGGAGCAACAGCACACCCGGAAGCUGUACUUUGCCCAGUCCCACAAGCCCCCCUUCCACGGGCGCGUGUGCACAGCGCCCCCCGGCUGCCUGCUCAGCUCCAGCCCUGACGGGCCUACCAAAGGCUCCUUCUACGUGCCCAAUGAGAAAGUGCCCAGGGCCCGCCUCUCCGCCACAUUCGGCUUCAACCCCUGCAUGAACACAGGCUGUGGAAAACCUGCGGUGCGACCACUGGUAGAUACUGGGGCCAUGGUCUUUGUGGUCUUUGGCAUUGUUGGCAUCAACCGAACCCGACAGGUGGACAACCACGUCAUUGGAGACCCGGGCAGUGUCAUCUAUGAUAGCAGCUUUGACCUCUUCAAAGAAAUCGGGCACCUGUGUCGCCUCUGCAAGGCCAUCGCGGGCAACUCGGAGCUGGUGAAGCCAGGCGGGGCCCAGUGCCUGCCCUCAGGCUACAGCAUCUCCACCUUCCUGAGAAUGCUGCAUCCGGAGUGCAAGGAGCUGCCUGAGCCCAACCUGCUUCCGGGGCAGCUGUCCCAUGGGGCAGUGGGCGUCAAGGAGGGCCGUGUGCAGUGGAUCUCCAUGGCCUUCGAGUCGACCACAUACAAGGGCAAGUCCUCCUUCCAGACCUACUCAGACUACCUACGCUGGGAGAGCUUCCUCCGGCAACAGCUUCAGACUCUCCCAGAGGGCUCAGCCCUGCACCGCGGCUUCCAAACCUGUGAGCACUGGAAGCAGAUCUUCAUGGAGAUCAUAGGAGUGCAGAGUGCCCUGUACGGCCUGGUCCUCUCCCUGCUCAUCUGUGUGGCUGCAGUGGCCAUUUUCACCACCCACAUUCUGCUCCUGUUGCCUGUGCUCCUAAGCAUCCUGGGCAUCGUCUGCCUGGUGGUGACCAUCAUGUACUGGAGCGGCUGGGAGAUGGGUGCCGUGGAAGCCAUCUCCCUGUCCAUCCUGGUUGGCUCUUCCGUGGAUUACUGCGUGCACCUGGUGGAGGGCUACCUGCUGGCGGGAGAGAACCUGCCCCCGCACCAGGCUGAGGACCCCCGGGCGCAGCGCCAGUGGCGGACGCUGGAGGCCGUGCGGCAUGUGGGCGUGGCUAUCGUGUCCAGCGCCCUCACCACGGUCAUCGCCACCGUGCCGCUCUUCUUCUGCGUCAUCGCCCCAUUUGCAAAGUUCGGCAAGAUCGUGGCGCUCAACACGGGCGUGUCCAUCCUCUACACACUCACCGUCAGCACUGCCCUGCUGGGCGUCAUGGCCCCCGGCUCCUUCACCCGGACCAGGACUUCGUUCUUCAAGGCUCUGGGUGCCGUGCUGCUGGCAGGGGCCCUGGGGCUGGGUGCCUGCCUCGUCCUCCUGCACAGUGGCUAUAAGAUCCCCCUGCCCAGCGGGGCGGCCCUAUAGCCCUGCUGGGUCCUGACUCGUUUUGCACCUUGGCCCAGAGGGCAGGGACCAGCCCACCCCAGAGGUCCUUGCUUCCCAGCCCAGCUCCACCAGCUCUACUUGUUCCCAGCCUGGCCACACUGGAGCCCACACCACAUGGCCCACAAUGUGGUCUUCACAGCCAAAGCUGAGCUGGUCCUGACAUCAGCUGUCACCAUGCCCAGCCGGGCCACAGCCGCCUCGCUGGGCCCUGUCCACAGUGCCAGGGAACAGGUGAUACCUUGGGGUCGCCCUGCAUAUGUUCAGUGCUCACAACCUUCUGGAGUAGG